UCAAAAUGGCGGCCUGUUACAGUUAUGCAUAGAUUUGAAAUUUGUGCGGAUUUUACGGGAUUUUGCGCUUCAAUUUGGUUGUUAAGAAAUCAGUAUUGGUGUCAUUGUCCUAUUUUUUUUAUAUUCGUUCAUAUUUAGAGUUUUUAACUCAAUGAAGAAUCAGUCAGCAUGGUAUUACGACUGCACCAUGUGGAAUUCUUAUGUAAGAACAUACGCUUCAGACUUGGACAAUUCUGUGAGCAGUUUGGUUUUAGACCUUUUGCUCAAGCAGUAAACCCAAGAAGGGUGGCAAUCAAAAGAAAUACAGUAUGUUUUGUCUUCACUGAGGACACAACAAUAACAAGAGACUCGGUAUUUAAUGUGACCUUUGAAGUGAAAGAUGUGAAUGAAAUUACGAAACGCGUUUUUUAUAGCAAUGGUGGAAAUGUUUUGGUUUCUCCGACAACGUUAAGUGAUUCUCAUGGACAAAUCCUGUCCUCCGUAAUAGAAACCCCGUGUGAAAAUGUUUUACAUACUUUAAUAGACAAGUCAAAUUAUGAUGGACCAUUUUUACCAGGGUUUUAUGAUUUGACUUCUAAGACAUUGGAGAUUUUACCUGAAAACUGCCGACAAUUAUCAAAGGAUGAAGAUCUUGUAACUCACAUAGAUCAUAUUGCUUUUGCAUGCCACAGAAAUAGUUCACUGAAGAUAAUUGAUUGGUAUGAAAAAUGUUUUGGAUUUACAAGAUUUGAGCUGAAUGACAAAGAGGAAGAAGAUGGAUUUAAAAUAGAAAGUUUUGUGAAUGGUUCUUAUGUAGGAAUGAAGCUUACUGCAAUGGAGUACUGGAAGUGUGCAGAAGUAGGAAUUGAAGUUAAAUCUAAUGAUCCAAGAGAUGGAGUGAAAUUUGUGUUGGCCGAAGCCUUACCAGGACAAGGAUUAAACCAAAUUCAAACCUUUCUUGAAGAGCAUGGAGGACCUGGAGUACAGCACAUAGGCUUACAUACGACAGACAUAGUCCAUGCUGUAGACAGACUGAAAAAAGAUGGAGUACAAUUUGUAACUCCACCAGAUGCCUAUUACACUCAGCCAGACAAAAUCAAAGAGAUUCUCAAAUCUGGCCUAUCAGUGGAGGACCUAAAACAUCAGAAUAUUCUCCUUGAUGCUGAAAGUUUUACAAUUGAAAAUGAUAACAAAGCCAAAUACUUAAUGCAAGUGUUCACCAAACCAUUAUUUGAUAGAAAUACAUUCUUCAUGGAAAUCAUUCAGAGAUUUGGUGCAACUGGAUUUGGUUCAGGAAAUAUCACAGCUCUCUGGAGAGCACUUGAUCAACACCUGAGAAAAAGAAUUUAACAUAAUAAUAGAGUGCAAGCAAUAUCACCGUGAAACUUUAGAAUACUAAAUAGCACAAUUUCAUGCAAAUUCCAUUGUUUUCUAUUGAGUUU